UGGACAGAGCAAGCUUCCUGAACGCCCCAGCCAUUCAGCUGAUCCGAGGCGAAGAGCAGAGCCGGUACUUGCCCGAGCAGCCUGCUUGGAGGACCCUCAGGUUUGCCUCUUCCAGCUCUCAAUUGAGGAACAAACCCCCGAUCCUGAGAAAAAUGGGGAAGCCGCUAGCUGAUCAGCUUCCUUGGAUUUUGCUGAUGACCCCAGAGAGUUUUGCCUGAAGAUGGAAACACUGGAGUCGGAGCUGACCUGCCCUAUUUGUCUGGAGCUGUUUGAGGACCCUCUCCUGCUGCCCUGCACACAUAGCCUCUGCUUCAACUGUGCCCACCGCAUCCUGGUCUCUCACUGUGCCACCAACGAGCCUGUGGAGUCCAUCAGCGCCUUCCAGUGCCCCACCUGCCGGCAUGUCAUCACGCUCAGCCAGCGAGGUCUAGACGGGCUCAAGCGCAACUUCACCCUCCAGAACAUCAUUGACAGGUUUCAGAAAGCCUCUGUGAGCGGGCCCAAUUCUCCCAGUGAGACCCGCAGGGAACGGGCCUUUGACGGCAACACCAUGUCGUCUGCUGAGAAGGUUCUCUGCCAAUUCUGUGACCAGGAUCCUGCCCAAGAUGCUGUGAAGACCUGUGUCACUUGUGAAGUGUCCUACUGCGAUGAGUGCCUGAAAGCCACUCACCCGAACAAGAAGCCCUUUACGGGCCAUCGUCUGAUUGAGCCAAUCCCGGACUCACACAUCCGGGGGCUGAUGUGCCUGGAGCACGAGGAUGAGAAGGUGAAUAUGUACUGUGUGACCGAUGACCAGUUAAUCUGUGCCUUGUGUAAACUGGUUGGGCGGCACCGCGAUCAUCAGGUGGCAGCUUUGAGUGAGCGCUAUGACAAAUUGAAGCAAAACUUGGAGAGCAAUCUCACCAAUCUCAUUAAGAGGAACACAGAACUGGAGACCCUUUUGGCUAAACUCAUCCAAACCUGUCAACAUGUUGAAGUCAAUGCAUCACGUCAAGAAGCCAAAUUGACAGAAGAAUGUGAUCUUCUCGUUGAAAUCAUUCAGCAAAGACGACAAAUUAUUGGAACGAAGAUUAAAGAAGGAAAGGUGAUGAGGCUCCGCAAACUAGCUCAGCAGAUUGCAAACUGUAAACAAUGCAUUGAAAGGUCGGCAUCACUCAUAUCCCAAGCUGAACACUCUCUGAAGGAGAAUGACCAUGCCCGGUUUCUACAGACAGCAAAAAAUAUCACUGAGAGAGUCUCCAUGGCAACUGCAUCAUCCCAGGUCCUAAUUCCUGAAAUCAACCUCAAUGACACAUUUGACACUUUUGCCUUAGAUUUUUCUCGGGAGAAGAAACUGCUAGAAUGUCUGGAUUACCUUACAGCUCCCAACCCUCCCACAAUUAGAGAAGAGCUCUGCACAGCUUCCUAUGACACGAUCACUGUUCACUGGACUUCAGAUGAUGAGUUCAGUGUGGUCUCCUAUGAACUCCAGUACACCAUAUUCACUGGACAAGCCAAUGUUGUUAGUCUGUGUAACUCGGCUGAUAGCUGGAUGAUUGUGCCCAACAUCAAGCAGAACCACUACACUGUGCAUGGCCUACAAAGUGGCACCAAGUAUAUCUUCAUGGUCAAGGCCAUCAACCAGGCAGGCAGUCGCAGCAGUGAGCCUGGGAAGCUGAAGACGAACAGUCAGCCGUUUAAGCUGGAUCCCAAAUCUGCUCAUCAAAAACUGAAGGUAUCCCAUGAUAACCUGACAGUGGAACGAGAUGAGUCAUCAUCCAAGAAGAGUCAUACGCCUGAACGCUUCACCAGCCAAGGAAGUUACGGAGUGGCUGGAAACGUGUUCAUUGAUAGUGGCCGACAUUACUGGGAAGUGGUCAUAAGUGGAAGCACAUGGUAUGCCAUUGGCCUUGCAUACAAAUCGGCCCCCAAACAUGAAUGGAUUGGGAAGAACUCUGCUUCCUGGGCUCUCUGCCGCUGCAACAAUAAUUGGGUGGUUAGGCAUAACAGCAAGGAAAUCCCCAUUGAUCCAGCCCCCCACCUCCGGCGCGUAGGCAUCCUGCUGGACUAUGAUAAUGGUUCCAUCGCUUUUUAUGAUGCUUUGAACUCCAUCCACCUCUAUACCUUUGAUGUGGCGCUUUCACAGCCGGUGUGCCCCACCUUUACUGUGUGGAACAAGUGUUUGACGAUUAUAACGGGUCUUCCCAUCCCAGACCAUUUGGACUGUACAGAACAGCUAUCUUGAGCAUCCAGUCCCAGAGCAGCUCUGAGGAAUAACAAAGGUAGAGGCUGUUUAGAGGAUUGAGAAACUAAGCCUUCGAGAGUGUGAUUAAAUCUCCCCAGUUUGUCCAGAAACCAGCUCAGAUAGGGCUCAAAAUGAGAAAUUUCACUUCUUUUAUUGUGUUUUGUAUUAAGUGCAGGCUUUAAUAAUUUCUUUGAUUUUUUUUGUAUUUAGAGGAAAAUCUAUAGAUUAUUUAUAAAAGGAACAUAAUCUGGAUUGCAGCUUGUAAGAAUCACUUGGUUUUGCGCGUGAAGAGGCCCAUAAGUUUACCAGCCCUUUACCAGUUUCAUUUCAUCAGUGUAUGGGCUUGCAAAAACCCUUCUGUAGACUUGUGUGUUUAUUCACUUUCUCACAUUCUGUUUCGUACUGAGACCGUGUUAGGUCCUGUCACUUAGAAUAACAGUAUGCAGCUAUUUAAAAAGCAAAAAGUCAUUUAGAAUCCAGUAAGGAAGUAAACAGGCUUCCUUUCUCUGGCUGAACUUGAGAUAUCUUAACUGUGAUGUCAGAAACUUGUAUUGGAUCAAAUAGUAGGGGGAAUAAGGGAGAAGGAGAGAAUUAACUUUGAACCUCAAGUUUAGUUGUGACUGAUGGGAUGAUCCGGAGAAGAAAAAGUUUUCUUAACCCUUUGGUCAUGUUUUCACCCAUUUCUCCAGGGCUGACGCUUUUGGGCUAGCAUCAUGAAUGAGAUUACAAUUGAACCUUGUUAUUUUGAAUCUUACAGAUGAUUCAAGAAUUCACGCUGAUUUGGAUUUUAUCAAAAGAGGAAUUCUGUUCCAUGGUAUAAAACUGUUUCUCAUUUCCUCUUACUAGUUAUAUUAGGCCUGUGAAAUUCUUUCGCUACAUUUAAUAGGUGCCCUAUUUUG